CUGUAUUUACUAUAAAUGAAAAAAACAAAAAAGUGUACAUAAGAUUACUUGGCUUUAGCAAUUCCAUUGCAAUUAAAAUAAAUUAAAUUUGAAAUAAAAUAAUUGUUGCUCGCUCAUUUAUUUUUAAUUUUUUGUGUUAUGUCUUCAGAUUAUGGAGGAAAAAAAUUUGACCACUUUAACCAUGAUCCACCUGUUAGGAUUUAAUACUCCACAUGGUAUAACAUUUUUUAUCCUUUUUAUUUUCUUCGUCGUUUAUUGUCUGACGAUAUGUGGAAACCUCCUGAUCAUCACACUGGUGUCCUACAGCAAAUCCCUCCAUUCCCCCAUGUACUUCUUCCUCUCCCAACUCUCCGUAUCAGAUAUCUUAUUAUCAACUGACAUUCUUCCUAAUACACUUCAUGUUGUUUUGAUGAAGGAGAUCAUGAUGUCAUUUUCUGAUUGUAUCACUCAAUAUUAUUUCUUUGCUAUCUCAGAAACUUCAGAGUGUCUUCUUCUGACAGUGAUGUGUUACGACAGAUAUGUGGCCAUUUGUAAACCGUUGCAUUAUACCUUAGCAAUGAACUUCCAGUUCUGCUGCAUAUUGAUCAUCACAUGUUGGGUUUCAAGUGUUUUAAUAGCAUUGAUUCACACUUUAACAAUCUCACAGUUACACUUUUGCGGUCCUAAUACUAUGGAUCAUUUCUUCUGUGAUCUUGACCCCAUCCUAAAGCUCUCCUGUUCUGACACAAGCAUUGUUCAGCUUGAAGUGACAUUGUUGAGUUUUCUAUUUGUUGUCAUCCCUUUCUUUGUUAUUAUUGUAUCAUAUGUUUGUAUUAUGAUCACCAUUUUUAAAAUCCCAUCUAUGAAGAGCAGGAAGAAAGUUUUUUCAACAUGCAGCUCCCACCUGACUGUUGUGUGUAUUUAUUAUGGUACUCUGGUUGGUGUUUACCUAAUACCUCAUGGUGGACAGUCAUGGAAUAUCAUGAAGUCCCUGUCAUUGCUGUACACUGUAGCCACCCCUUUACUGAAUCCAAUUAUUUAUAGUCUGAGGAACAGAGACUUGAAAAAAGCUGUAGAUGACAUUAUCGACCGCUACCUGAGCUUGCCUUUUUAG